GGCAUCCAGUUGGUUCACAUUCAUCCGCAGAGAAGCUUGUUUCGGAAAGUCGAAAAAUAGUCUGAAAAGAAAGCGAAACCGUGUCAGCGCCUCGGCGGUGAAGCGCUUUAAAUCCUGUCCGAACGAAACGGCGGUACGUUUUAUUCGGCAAAUACGUUUUGUAGUUUUUUGACAUGCUAUCGAUGGUAGUCUCCAGGAACUAUUAUAUUCGCGUGAAGAUGAAUUAAAGCAAGAGAAGCUAUGAAUUUCGACCCGGCUGUUGUUCUUCGGGUAGGUGAAGUUUAAGGGAAAGGGAAUAACAGAAUUACCUAACAGCAGCAUGGCGACAGCCUCGGGUAAUCACUUCGAGUGGCAGCUAUAUAAUGGACAGCAGUGGGCUUCUAUAUUAAAUGAUUUUAUUAUCGAGGCCCAUUACUGUCAACCGGGGGCAAACGGGAUCACCAUCAACCUCACCUUCGGGAAUGCCUAUAUCGACUUCGACGGGAUGACGGUCGACGGGCCUCUUGUCAACCUCAGAGUACGACGCAACGCGCUCCUGUCUCCCGACCAGAAAGAAGUGAUCGGCUGGUACUACAGAGAUAACCAGCGCUGGUGCGAAUACGGAUCGGACGGAUCGGGUGGGAGGUCAUCUUCGAUCAAAAGUGAUUUCAUGGAGCAGCAGUACGUGAAGAACCCGAGUGGCUCUUUCCAGUUUACUGUAGGAAGCAUGACUUACAAGGUGGACUUCGCUCAUAUGACUCAAACCAAUCUGUCCACGAAAAUGUUGAGGAACGUGAGACGGCGGCCAAAAUUCAACGAAGUAGUAACGGACAACAGCGGCAAUCUAAACAGUUUACCGACUCUGGCAUCUCCCUCUGCAAACCCUUCAAAUUCGUCCUCUCAUUACAUCUGGGAGUUUAUGGAUGAUGAGGGUGUUUGGGCCGAGUACCAGAAACCCGGAUGUUCGCUGGACAGUGCAGAAAUCGAGAGGUUGUAUCGGCUUAACCCGCAGCGCCAAGUUUCAUUCACAGUCAGGCGAUUUACGUACACUCUUUACUUUGUUGGAAUGUAUCAAGUCAACAAUAAAUACGGCACGAAAAGAGCUGUCAGGAGAACUGCCAGUGAAAUCCAGUCAACAAACAGUACAUCAUCCCAAGCUCGCUGGCAGUUCAAAGACAUGGAUGGCAACUGGAAGGACUACGUUAAAGGCGCUUCUCGGGGAUGCUGCAGUGUUUCGAGCGAAGACAUCGAAGCGCGGUACGGGCUGGACUCCACUGGGACGAUGAGUUUCACAGCGGGCAGGUUCAGCUACAAGCUCGACUUCUCAAGCAUGACGCAGACCAACCUGUCCACCAACACGGCGAGAUCCGUCCAACGCCUUCUGCCAUGAAACCCUCACCUGCCUCUUUUUAUGUGUACUUUAACAUUUACACGAAAGAUCUCAGGACGCCGGUUUCUUUCUCGGAAAACGGGAUGCCAAAUGUCAAAAUUACGUUUACUUUAUGCUAUAACCCAUGUGCCUGUGCCGUUUUGAUAAUAGAAAAAAAAAAAAAAAAAAAAAAAACAUGGUUCCCGUGGUGAUCACGUUCUUGAAAGGAUUUAGUUUUUGUUUUCUUUUCAAUAUAUAUAUAUAUAAGGAUACGAAGACUGCUUUCCAUGUGCAAUACUUUUAUGACAGCUUUCAACAUUCAUGUCUGCACGUCUUGUUUUGUUGAUUAAAAUAAUAUAUAAUGUUGAAUAUAUAAUGAGGUGCUGACACCUACUGGGUAAUUCAUUUUCUUUGAAUUUUUCACGACUUGCAUGUUGAUAAUGAAAUGUUAAAAAAUGUUUAUUAAAACUUAUAAAUUGAACUCACUACAUUCACAAUUA